AUGCCACAUUUUAGGGUGCGCAAUAUUCAUAAGAUCGUUCAGAGCUCAGGCAUGAAAAAAACAAUGUUUUGUUUUUUAGUUUGUUUUAUUUUGUGUGUGUCUAUCGGUGCCGGGGACACAUUAAGUAAGGAUUUGCUUAGAGUAAGUGAUGAAUAUUACGCAUAUGGACAAGACCAAGAGUUUCAACUGCCUCCGUGUCGAGAUUGUAGUUGCGGUGAGCGCAACGAAGAGGCUCGAGUGGUUGGAGGUUCUUUAGCUGAUACAAAUGCAUUUCCGUGGAUUGCUCGACUCAUCUAUGGGAAUUCUUUCGGCUGUGGAGCAUCUCUCAUCAAUGACAGAUACGUUAUAUCUGCAGCACAUUGCGUAAAAGGUUUCAUGUGGUUCAUGUUCCGAGUGAAGUUUGGUGAACACGACCGAUGUGAUAAGUACCACAUACCAGAGAUCCGAUACGUGACAAAGAUGUACAUCCACAAUUUCACACUGACUGAAUUGUCGAAUGACAUCUCACUGCUGCAGCUCAAUAAGCCCAUGGAAUAUUCACAUGCCAUCCGGCCUGUGUGCUUGCCUAAGUCAGAUUAUUAUGACUACGCGGGUACAUUAGCAACGGUGUCUGGAUGGGGAGCAAUGGCUGAGACCGGCAAAUGGUCGUGCACACUCCUGGAGGCGCAGCUGCCGGUCCUCAGCAAUGAAGAGUGCCGCAACACCAAGUAUAACAAAUCCAAGAUAAAGGACGUCAUGAUGUGUGCUGGCUACCCGGCCACAGCUCAUAAGGAUGCUUGUACUGGAGACAGUGGUGGACCUCUGAUAGCUGAAAAUAUUGAUCAUGCAUAUGAUUUAAUUGGAAUCGUGUCAUGGGGAUAUGGAUGUGCAAGAAUUGGAUAUCCGGGUGUCUACACGAGAGUUACAAAGCACUUAGGCUGGAUUCAAGAGAACACCGCUGACGCAUGCUAUUGUGCUUAUGUUCAGGCUGAAGAAACUGCUAACUCCACAGAAGAUUAUGUUAGUGUAAGUGCCGCUGAAAAUGUUGUAGAAGCCAUCCCAGAAGAAUUGCUUACAGCGGAUAUCAACAAGUGUAAUUGCCGUUGUGGAGAGCGUAACGAAGCGUCCAGGAUCUUGGGUGGUGUAGAGACAGGCGUCAACGAGUUUCCCUGGGUAGCCAGGCUGACGUACUUCAACAAGUUCUACUGUGGGGGUAUGCUCAUUAACGACAGAUAUGUUUUGACUGCAGCUCACUGUGUCAAAGGAUUAAUGUGGUUUAUGAUAAAGGUGACAUUAGGUGAGCACAACCGGUGUAACAAAACUCACAGACCAGAAACCCGCUACGUGAUAAACGCUAUAGCUCACAACUUUACAUACCUGACGUUCAGGGAUGAUAUAGCACUGCUUAAACUCAACGAAAGGGUUCAAAUAUCUGACACCAUCAAACCGGUGUGCCUGCCUCAUAGUGACGAUAAAACAUAUGCAGGAGUAAAGGCUAUAGCGGUAGGUUGGGGAUCGAUGGCUGAACAGAAGAAUCACUCUUGCAAUCUACUGGAUGUAGAGCUACCAAUUUUAAGCAACGCCCAAUGUAGGAACACUAAGUAUGAACCUAGUAUGAUCGUUGACGAUAUGCUUUGCGCUGGUUAUCCCGAAGUAGGAGCCAAGGAUACUUGCCAGGGAGACAGUGGUGGGCCGUUGUCAGCUGAACGAGGUGAUAAGCGCUACGAGUUAUUAGGUGUCGUUUCAUGGGGCAUUGGUUGUGGAAGACGCGGAUACCCAGGAGUCUACACCAGGGUCACGAAGUAUUUGAAUUGGAUUAGACAUAACGCACGUUACGGCUGUUUCUGUGCUGACUGA